AUGAGCGAUUUUGAGAAGUCUAAUAUUCAACUUCAUGCUUUCUCGAGUGGAUUCAAGAAAUAUGACAAUAUGAUAUGCCUGAAUAAAAUAGUUGGGACUAGAGGAGGUUUAGGCUUUAAUGAUAUAAAUUCUUAUACUAUUUCCUCUUCAAAAAAUGAGUUUGUACCAAAGAUUCAAAAGUUGAAACCUAGAGUUGCUCAUAGGUUCAUCCACACGUGCGACCAUUGUGCUAAGAUAAGACACAUAAGACCUAAGUGUCACGAGCUCUUGAAUAAGAACAAGAUCAAGAAUGUAGAUCACCUUACACCUAAUUGUCGUAAGUCCUUGGUUAAGUACAACAAUCAUGAUCUAACUACUCAAAUUUGGGCCAAGAAGAGUGAAAUCACAAAUUUAGAUAAUGUUGAUUACUGUGAAGUUCCACAUGUUGCUCUUCAUGGUCUUGGUCGCAUUUUUGAGAUUUGUGAUGCGGUCAUCUGUGUGCCCCAUGAGCAACCCAAAGGUGUGUUGAAUCAUUCUCCAAAUAUUCAAUUUGAGCCAUGGUUUGGAUCCUGUUAUGUCGAGGAAUACAUUCCACGGGCUUUGAUGAAAUUAUGGAAGGAUCCUCCCAAAAUCAAUUCCUCUUUACAGUUGCCGUUGAAGAACAAGUUUAUUUCGUGCAAUUUUUCCAUAAGCGUUAACAAUGAGUCUUGUGAGUCUGGAAAGAUAUCAUCUUCAAGAUGUAUAAUUGAUGAACCUAUGAUGGGGUUUUGUUACAAGUUUGACAAGACUCGUAAACUUCCAUUUGUCGAUGUACAUUUCUACAUAACAUUUAAGGGUGGAUACAGUAGUUUAAGCAAUGGUUUGUUGGCUGAAUUGUUUACACUGCUACUAGAAGACGAGCUUAAUGCAAUUAUCUAUCAGGCUAAUGAGGCAAAACUAAAGAUUUCUAUUUCUAUUAGUCAUGACAAGUUGAUACUACAGAUUUUUGGUUUACUUGAUAAGAUUCCAGUCCUAUUGUCAGAAGUUUUGGCGGUUGUUAAAUCAUUUUUGCAAAAAAAUGAUCGCUUCAGGAUUAUUAAAGAAGAUAUGGAGAGAAAUAUAAAGAAUACCAUCUUCGACCCUCAAAAUCUUUGUAAUUCCUCUAUAAAGCAAGUAUUACAUCGGAGCGUUGGGACUGUAAAGGAGAAACUGAGAAUUUUAAGUAACUUGUCUAUUGCUGAUUUAAAGGUUUUUAUUCCAGAGCUUCUUUCACAGUUGUAUAUUGAGGGCCAUUGCCAUGGGAAUUUGAUGGAAAAGGAUGCUCUUAACAUAUCAGAUAUAUUCAAAAGUAAUUUCUCUGUGCCAACAUUGCCUAUUGAGGAGAGAUACAAGGAGAGUGUGGUGCGUCUUCCUCCGAGUGCUGACCUAGUCAGAGAUGUCAGGGUGGAAAAUGAACUAGCAACAAACUCUAUAGCGCGGAUUGAACCCAACACGUUUGAAUUGUAUGCAUUGACUGUACUUUUUGAUAGUUUAGUGAGCGAACAAUUUUUCGAUGUGCUCAGGACGAAAGAGCAGCUUGGCUAUGGUGUUGAUUGUGGCCCAUGGGUAACAUUCGGAAUAUUGGGGUACUGUUUCCAAGUUGAAUCUUCUACGUACAAUCCUGUGUACUUGCUAGAGAGGAUUGACAACUUCAUAAACGGCCUUGAAGAGAUGUUGAAUGGAUUCAACAACGAUUCGUUUCAGAAUUACAGAGGUGCAUUAAUGGGCAACAUUCUCCAGAAAGAUCCACCCUUUUAUGCUGUAUAUAAUGACACUCCAGAAUUUGGAGUAGCUGAAUCUUUUGAGAAGUCGGAUAUUAUCAACUGGUACAAUACUUACCUAAAGAAGCCCUCUACAAAGUGUAGAAGACUUGCUAUUCGAGUGUGGGGUUGCAAUACAGACAUGAAAAUUUUAAAUGAGCAACCAUCGUAUAGACAAGAACUUCAAGAUGUAGAAGCUUUCAAAAGCUCAUCUGACUUCUAUCCAGGUUAUGAUUAUUGA